AUGGGGCAAUACAAUGUUGAGAUGCUCCGGAGAUGGCGCGCGAGUAUGGAUUUACAGGUCAUCUCUGACGUCAGCAACGCCAGCAGAUACAUCUUGGGUUACGCUUUCAAAUCGGAAGAGGACCAGGCCGCGGCUCGCAGAAUGGAAGCCAUCAUAGCCAACCUGACCGCAAACAAUGACGACAACACCCUGAACAACCAGCAAGUUUACAAAGCCGCCCACGCAGCGUUGCAAGGAAGGACCACCUCAACCUUCGAAGCAUGUCACCUGCUGCUUGGCUAUCCGGUGGUGCAAUUCUCAAGGGACAAUGUGUGGAUACAAGCUGGGCCGCCCGCCACUUGGACCAUUUGGGUGCCAAAAUGGGAUGAGCUGCAAGCACUUCAGCAGCCUGACGCCUACUACAAGGCAAAGCAGCGGCAAAGAGAAAGCCAAUUACCUCUGGCACAGUUCUGGUACCAGGAGUUCCAAACAAGCCAAAGCGAAGAAGAAGUAGUCGUGCCCGUCGAAGGUGGUAACCCCGUCUUGCAAAAGUGGAAAGACAUCACCUUCUUCGACUUCUGCGCUGGCUUCAAGUUUCGCGGCUGCCAAGAACCAAUUCCUCGAAAGCGACCUGCAAUCGUGGGCUACCGCAAUUUCAACCCGGACUUGGAGCCAGAGCCGUUUUACUAUUCAAGGCUUUUACUGCAUACGGUUUGGAAGGAGCCUGCUGAUUGGCUACAGCCGGAAGAUGACGGCAGCCACGCUGCAGCUUUCCAACGCAUCGCUGCCGACAUUGCCGGCCAUCCCAACUUCCUCAGGUCCGUCUGCUUGCCAAAGUUGAAUGGCACCGUCGAAGCCGCCAGGAAGCUCCAGGCUGUCCAAGCCAUCAUGUAUUUGAAGGCUUCCUCGGAUUUGAUGGCUUCGUCAUCACGAGACGGGUUUGUGCACACAAGGGCGGCCGAGCAAAACUACAAGGAUUCCUUACUGAUCAUGGAAGCCCUCAAAGCCAGAAAUGACGGUGAAGAGUUUGAUUUCCAAGCCCCAGAAACAAUCCCCACAGGCUUUGCGAGCAACGCCUUUGCGCCGGUGGACGGAGGGGACGAGGCCUUUGAAAUGCUGACGGUGGAAAACCCCAGCGAGGACGUUCUCAAGCAACGCCACGCCAUGGAAUGCAUCAUCCAAGCAGUCCUGGCUGCGCCAACCGCCAAGAACAUGGCAAGCCCCGGCCAGCAGUUGAAGAUGCUUCUUCAUGGACCGGGUGGGUGUGGUAAGUCUGUCGUCGCUCGCGCCACAGCCCACAUGCUACGCCAAGCUGGAAAAGGGGUCAUCAUUGCCGCCUACACCGGCGCGGCUGCCUGGAACAUCAACGGUGUAACCUUGCAUUCUUGCUGUUUCCUGCCUGUCAUCAAUGAAAGCUAUGGCAAAGGGUGCGAUGUGCCUUUGCCACAAGGCCCGCAACUAGCAGCUUUGCAGGCCAUAUGGGCCAACGUGACCGUCCUCAUUGUCGAUGAGAUCAGCUUUGUCUCGUCCUUCAUGUUGGAACGGUUGGAUCAACACUUGCGCAUCGCAACAGGCAGCCAGCAGAUGCCCUUUGGUGGUGUGCACGUGGUCUUUGCUGGUGACCUCUACCAACUGCCACCGCCCAAGGGCUUGCCCUGCUUCGCAAGCUGGCUUUGGCGCGCCCUAGAGCUAUGUGAGCUGCAAGGCAAUCAGCGCGCAGCCAGGGAUCCAAGUUGGGCAGCGCUGUUGGCUCGUGCGCGUGUGGGAAAGUGGACGGCCAAUGACAUAGCAGAGUUGAAAAGAUUAGUCAUCAAGAAGAAGGGCAACAACCGCAAACAGCCCGCGCCCAAAGCCGUGCAUUGGUAUGCAACUCGCAAGGCCGUGGCAGAUUACAACCGUGAGCAUCUGUACGUCCAUGCUGCGAGCAAUGGAUGGCUGCGUGUGCACGUGUCGCCGGCAUCAGAUGUUCAUGUCAAGUCCGGGGCGCCGGUGCCAGAAGACUUGAUUUGGGCACGACCUGAAGACACGGGGGGGUUGGAGACCCUGUUGCGGCUAGCCGUUGGAGCCAGAGUGAUGCUUAGACACAACAUCGACGUCCCAGAUGGCUUAGUCAACGGCGCCUGUGGGACAGUGGCCGAAAUCGAGGUAGACCCUGAUAGCCAGGAAGUCGUCAAAGUGUGGGUGGACUUCGAGAAGCAAGCCGGCUCCAGGUGGUGUGCUGAGCACGAAACUACUUCAGUGGGCAUCGUCAGGCAGCCACAUACCACGAUGGGGUGCAUGCGCGUAGACUACGCUGUCACGCAAGAAGGCCAAGCUUAUGUUGCUUUGAGCCGCUGCCCCACCAAAGCCUUGUGCUCCCUGGACCACUUCAACCCGAACAGCCUCAAAUUCAACAUGGGCGCUGAGUGGGCGCUUACGAAGCUCAAGGCCCAGCAAGCGGGCAAGCACGGGUCGAACUUAUGGGAAGCCGUCAUGAAGCCGCCGGAAACCAAAGAGUUCUAUGAGGAACGGCUUCGGGUUUUGAAGGCCCCCAACUUUGCCGUGUACGGAGAGCCGGCAAAAGAACGCGACAGCUGGUGCUGCCCCAAAUGUGGCGAAAGCACCGCCAACACCAAAGCUGCCAUCCAGAAGCACCGGCGGCAAUGCCCAGCAAAACAGCCGAAAGCGAAGGCCAAGCCCAAGACCUUGCAACGCAAGCGCCCCAACACUGAAGCCAGAACCAAACCAAAGCCAGCAGCUGUGGAGGCGCCGGCAAGCGCUUCUCUGAUGGAAGAGCCUUUGAACAUCCAGCCUUACUUCGAGAAGCAAGAAAACAUGGAUCUUGGCGACGCGCACGAUCAGCAUAUGGGCCCUGGCGGCAACUAUUCCAUUGAAAUCAUGCUCAUGGCCAUCCGCACCAAAGCGAUGCAAGCCUUCAACCGCAUUGUGUGGCACAUGUCAGACCAAAGGGCUUUUAGCGCUGGGGACCUGCAAGAUGCCUUGGGCGCUGUGCAAAACCGCGGUGGGCAGCAUUGGGUGGCAAUCAGAUGCAGCGGUUCGAAUUUCCUUUACAUGGAUUCUCUGCAAGAAGGCCAGGGUGUAGAUAGUGUCAAAACAUUACCCCCCCUACUUCAAAAACAGGUUCCGAUGUGA